UUCAGAAGAAAUACAGUCGUACAGGUUUAAAUGACAUGAGGGUGAAUAAGUGAUUUAAUAAGUGAAUUUUCAUUUUGGGGUGAACUAUUCCUUUACGGUUUUAGUAAGGGGCAAUGUGCUCUAAAUGAUGUUUUACAUUUAUAAACAUAAACCUCUAUGACCAAAUGUUUCUAAAAUAUAACACACAGCAUGAUGAUGAUUUUUGUUAAAUACAUCAAUUGAAUCAAUUACUUCUGAAUUAUUAUUUUAGGGAAAAGGCUUAAAACAAAAAAGCACGAUUUUAUCUUGAUUUAAUAAAGGUAACCGAUUUGUUCUGCGUGUUUUAUUUUAAUUCAUUUAUCAAUUACAAGAAGACCUUCCACAUAAAAUUGUGUGUGCAACUUACUUUGUGUGUUUUGUUGUUUAAAUGAUGAAAAACAUCACACAACAUUUAGACCAAAUUUACUGUUUAUCCCUGUGGUCAAUUAUUUAUUUCAGGAUGGCAUUUGGUCGAGCAAAAAGAACCACUAAACACUUUAUGAAAUUCUUGUAUAAUGCAAGACCCCUUAAAUUUAAUAAAGAGAGAGCAGAAACAUAUUUGUUUUCAGACAUCCCAAAAACAAACAAAAUGUAAUUGAAAAUAUAUAUAGCUGUGGUGUACUCUUUAUAAAUUAUGUAACAUAUACCAAGUUCCAGAGUUGGGUGUAUAAGGGACACUUGCUGUUUCACUUGUGUCUCACCAUUCUUCCCAAUUGGUUUCAUAUGUGCCAACUUUUCAUUGACAGUCCGAUGGCCAAGAAAACAACGCCACCACCACACAACCUCCCAGGCAGCGAGCCAACAUGUUGGGCAACUUUCUCUUUUUGUAAGCAAAGUCCUUAAAUAGCAGGAAUCCAUCCCUGCAUGCAGUCCACUGCCAACGUUAGCGUCUCACAACAUGUGGGAAAUCACAAGCACGCUCUUGCUAGCAUGCUGUCUUCAGGCUGCUGUAGCACAGGAUCACCAGAGGAGCAUUUGGGAAGACCCGAUCCGGUUUGCUACCAAAGGCACCAAAGACGAUUGCCACAUGAGCGUGACAGGACAAGGAGAUCUGACAAACCUACGCAUCCUGUGCCGAGGGCCGGUGCGUUCUUACUGGUGUGAGUACAAGGGAAAGCCACACGUCUGCCGCAACUACAACAACAAUCCACGGCACUAUUACAAACAGAUCAUGUGGGACCUCCGCAAGCUGCAGAAUGCCUGCCAGGGCCAGAGCAUCAUUAAACCUCUGAUGUGCAAGAGAGCAUCUGAUGAGGCCAAAAUGGUCUUCACAUCCUCGUCCUCGCCUGAUGCUACACCAAAGGACAGGCCCUCCAGACCAAACUUUGCUAGACCUGAGCAGAUGAAACCACACCAGAGCAGACCGGAUCAGAGACCAACGCAAACACAGCUCCAAGCAUUCAGGAGCCAACCAGCCAGAACUUCACAAGGCAGGACAAAUCAAUCCAAAGCAUUCAGGAAAAAGAUGACACCCAAACCAACUGUGCCAAGGCCGACCGAUCCAGUACCCACGAGUGAGGCUAAGAGACUUGCCCAGUAUUACUGCUGGCGCUCCUUUCAGGGUGUGUGUUCCUACUUCAUAGGAUGGUUCAAAAACUAAAAGAGACAACAAACCCCACUGAAGAUGACUGCGAGUGCAAUGUGAAGGGUUGUAUGAAGACAACUAAAAUGGUUUAAAAGACAAACAGUUCUUGAAAACUGUGUCUCUGUGAAUUCAUAGAACACGAUUAUAUAGGUGAUGCAUUUAAACAUAUGUGUGUGUAAAAUAAUCUGUAUUAAUCAUUUAAUACCUACAUAUUUACGUGGACUGGACGAUUACAGUAUGGGUCAGUAUUUUUUAAUGCUGUGGUAAUAUACAGGUCAGUUACGAUUGUAACAUAUCAGUACAUCUAUAAAUGGAGAUCUUUGUUUGAAAGGAGUAAUACGAUUUACAGCUCAUGGUCAAAUACAUACGUUACUGUAAAUGUUGAAUAAAUUACAUUUUGCC